AUGAGCAUGGUCGCAAAGAUCGCCACGCAGGGCGGCAUCGGAAUCGCUGGCUCCACAAUCGUGCUACAAGAUCUUCUCGGCCUCCAGGAACGCGGUGUGCGAGUCGAUCUGGCAAGUGUCGGCAAGAAAUUGGACCAGACGGCGCUCAGCGACCACAUGGUCCCGAAGAUGUGCGGCAUCGUCUGCAGCGGCCUCAGGAACGUGCAGAAAGACAUCGGCGUGAACAGCGUCGGCAGGAGCCAGUUCCUCGUGAGGGUCGCCACGUUCAGCAUCGUCAGAAGGAGCACGGUCACCAGCAGGGACGCGAGCGGCAUCGUGUGCAGCACCAACCGUGGUCUGACCGUUUGA